CCACGACUGCAAAUACCGCAGCUGCAAGAAGCAAACAAAGUGAAACUGAGGCGACUUUCACUUUUGCGUGCAAUCCAAAUACGUGCCAAGGAGGCGUGAAGACUCUCUUACAAGGAUUCCAGUAAAAGCCCGUCGCCACAAAUAGUAAUAGCGUUUUAUUAUAUAUUUGAUCAUUCAUUCACGUUCACCGAGUUGCAGCUCCGCCUCCGUCUUCUUGCCGUGUUUUCGACCAGCUCGAGCUCCAGCGGCGCACUUUCGAGCACUGGGACGUCCCAUAACAGUCGACGAGGAGGACGAUUGAUUCCAUUUGUUAUAGUAGAUCUCGACUUCUCUCCGACACUCGAGUCGUCUUCCAGCAGGCACAGCAUGUCAAGCGGACCGACUGGUACCACACGGCGCUCCCGAGCGCAACGCCGGAAGCAGCUGCAACGCGAGGAGCUGCAGCAGGCCCAAACUUCUACCGCUACUGAAGAAGUGCGCGGCAGUGCUACGACCACGUCUACGUCUUCCGGAGCGCCCGGCACCUCCGGGGGCUCGAGCUCUUCCUCUGAAGAAACGGGCAACAUGAAGAUCAACAACACGACCACGACAAUUCGCGGGGAUCCCCCUGCGCCUGGGCCCAAGCACGAAUGGAACGAAACGAAGACUCCGUUGACCGGUCCUUCUUGCUCGACACCGUUGCAGCUUCAGGGCGGCGCGAUGACAAGUGCAGGAAAGAACGAUCGUGGGUGGUCUUCUUCCUCAGAGCAGGACGGCUCGUCCUCGACGACCGCUUUGUUGCCGAAAAAUGCGUGUGCUUAUCCUGUCGUGCAAAGGUGUCGUAUAAUUUGUACGUAAUUGCUCUUGUUGAUAAGUUUGUACUACUGCCUGACAAGAAGAAAGCUAAGCAAGACAAACCCAGGUGCUGUCGCUUCUUACUCUUGACGAAUGCAUCUUCAGCAGUACAACAUACCGAAUGCUAGUUGCUUAUGCUGGAAAAAUUUGCAUAAAAUACUAUGCAACUAGAUGAACUUUGUUCUACGUACUACUACCUCGAUAGUGCUUUUGCAAUGCAUAGCGGUGAUGAUGGUGCUCUUUUCGCCGAAGCCCAUGCCGACACGGGAAACACAAACGCCGAGGCGUGCGAGGUUCUUGCUGGUGCGGAAACGACCAGUGACAAGAUGGCCUCGAAAACCUUUUCCAGCGGCGCAGAUGAAGUGACUGGUAUCGACGAGGAAAGCACGACACCCAUACAUAGCACGAGAAAAAAUCGAAGUCCAAUUUGUGUUGCUGUUGCUACAUUUGCGCCAAGCAAAAUUGGAUGCUAAUAUAGGCUGCCGCAACAGCUUGGAUGCUAUUUUUUUGUCAUGCACAAUAAAAGAGAAUACCAAUACACAUGCAGUUUCAGUUGCGCUUAGAAGUCACGGGAUGGAUAGUAUGACGGGAAGGAAAGGACUCCUUUCAAAGGAGUUGGGCAUCAAAAUAGUUUCUCUUGCUCAGCAUUCCGGAUAUCGAUGCAUAACACUACACAGGAAUUCGAGAUGUUAGAAAUGCAUGAGCAGCACUUUCGCUGUAUUUUUUUUCCUCCUUUUGUGAUAUGAGACGGGUGUAUUUUUUUGUAGGAUAAAAAAAACGGGGGGCCAAAUUAUACGCAAACGCGUUAUUGACAAGAACGCCGACUUGGGGCCAUUGCUGAGCGGGCGCUACGCUUUCUUUAUGCUGAUUUUGUUGUGUCUCAUCGCGCUUUUGGCUACUUCAUUCGCCAUUUGGGAAAUGUGCACCUUCCGCUUCAAUGGUACUGGUAUAUAUUAUUAUGGCCACCCUGCUGCUGCUCACCUGUUCUCAAGGCUUGAGAUAGAAGAGGCUCUUGCACGUCUACUAAUAUUUGUUUGUUUUAUUGUAUGCCAGGAUCAGGAGCAGCGUACUCUUCUUCACGUAUAGGAAUUAUUUUUUUGACUAUACUCAAUUGGCGCCGUUCAUCCUGUUCGUUCAUAUAGAAAAUUUCAAAUUUUCGCUGCUUUCGACACACAAAAGUCAAAAGAAAACAGAAACACCCGGACGCAGAAGAGCAUCUUUGGCUAUACUGCAUCUCUAAAUCCAGAGUUUUACUGACGUUUCUGCAAUCGAAUAAGAUAGAAGAUCAAGAUGCAGAGAUGAGAGUGCCGGCACAAUGUAUGAAGACUCAUAGACAAGACCCGCCGCGACUACUCCUGUAGUAACCCGCGGCACAGCCCGAAAACUACAUGAGGCUAUGACUUUUGUGAACGUCCACCACAUUUAUGUCACGAAUAAUAUAUGUAUGCCCGGGCAGCAGCAGGCUAGCGAGCCUGUGAGUCUAGGCUGAGGAUGGUCGGGCGGUAUUUUAUGCCCUGUCCGCCCUCAGCCCUUUAGUGUGCGGUAGCCAGGACUUGAGAAGAUUAGUCAGGACAACCCACCGACUUUCGGGGUGGUAUUUGUUUCGCCUGCCCUCCCUCCCAGUUGUUUCAAGGUGGUUGCGUUACCACGGAUGGGCCGCUAAGACCUCGCGCCGCCCUUUUCUUACGGGGUGUGACAGAGGUCCAUGUCUUCCAUCGCGGGUCAGGUGCUCCAUCUCCCUGGGCGCCUCGGCGACGCGGUGGGGGACUGCUCCCACCGAGCGGUCAUCCAUUGGGUGGCCCGUCUGCGGUAACUGCAUAAAAUUACUCAUCCCAUUAACAUUAUCUCCAUCCCAUCUUCGCAGGUGACGGAGUGAGCAUCCCUUUUCCGAGGCAGAAAAGCGUCGAGACACUUCUAGCUCGCCGUGCUGCCAACAUUCUUCGUGAAAAGGCUGCGCAGCCUCAACCGCAGUAUGACUCGCUCGGUGGUGGCGAUCUUACCUGUUGCAAGAAAUCUGACAGGAACAACUUGUCAAGAGCAUUACGCUACUUAACAAGCCACAUUUAAAUUAAGACACGAAGAUGCAAAGGACCUACGGAAAUAUGCGUCUAACAGGAGGACUUCUAAUCUAAUGAUUAGCUGCUUGUGCUGUUUUGUGAGUCAUCAAUGACAUUGACAAUGACACGCAGCAGCUGCAUCCACAAGAGUGCUGCAGAUAGCCAGCAAAAAUGACGUGCGACGUAGACCAGCGAAAGUAGGAGCGUCAAUGCAUUCAUCAUUUUUAAUAAACAUAGGACAACAUCAAACCUCACCAGACAACAGUUGAGAUUGUAAACACACCUUAGCCAGCCAUACGCAGCCCACUGCCGCUGGUGGUUCCGCCCUGGACGUGGCAUCGAUCGAAAGCGGUGACUCUGCCGUCGUCCACGACGAGGACCGUGGCACGACCGGGGACGGGGGGCUGGCUUUUCUGCAGCGUGGCAGAGGCACGACCGCUGAGGACGCGCAGCACGCAACCGCAUCAUCUCCAACGGCCUUGGCCUCCUCGACGGGGGAGCACAAGCUCCCUUUGCUCGCCAGGGUGCGCACGCGGCUGGUAAACCUGCUCCCGGAACAGCGCACAAGCGGGGAGCCGCCGCGCUCCUUCCUGCAGCUGCGGGCUGGAAACGAGAUCUUUGAGGACUCGUCCUCUGGGGGGCGCGGUGUGGUCUAUGCCUCAUCUUCUUCACCUGCUUCCUCCGAACAAGUAGCGGCGACUUUGCCGCAGAUCAAACCCGUCGCCUUCUUGAGCAGGAGCAACCGGAGAACCACUGCCCUGCCACUAGCCGGCAGCAGCGACGAAAAUUCGGACGCUGCAGGCGCUUACUCUCCUGGAGGUCGUGGGGCUGUCGCCGUUUCCGUUUCGUUUCUACGGAAGGGCCGGGGCGGGCACGACGUUGCUUCCACGAGCGGGCGCUCCGGAGAGGCCUUCCUGGCGCGCGGCCGUGGCAAGAGGACCAAAGCAGUCACGCCGGAAAAGCCACGGGAUCUCAGCUCCACGACGUCGAAGGUGCAGCAUCAACAGCCGCACACCUCUUUCUUGGGCCGAAAGGAGCACAAGCAGGCUCAAUGGUCCUCCCAUAUUGAAAUUGCGACCGACGGCGACGUGACAUUCACGAAAACCGAGCGACCUCUCAGAUUUUUAGAGCGCGGCCGCGCGGCAGCCACUCGGGUGGAUCAGCAGCACGAGCAGCUGCAGCAGGGUUCCUUUUUACAAAACAAGAAUGUCGCAGAGGAGACGCCGCGGCGCAGCCUCCUCUCGCGCGGCCGGACGGGAAGAGCGACAGCAUCCAGGAGCAUCGAGCCGAAAGGAGGCGUCCUCGCGGAGGAGUGA